AUGAAUCGUCAGGCCGAGACCGCUCCUUUCGUCCUCUCCACCCAAUUCCCGUGUCCUCCUCCUCCUCCUAAUGGCCAGAAGAGAGGCAACAUGCCCCCACCUCGCCGCAGCUCAUUGCCACCCCUUCCCCCAAAGAGACCAACAACAACACGUCAGCAAACCGAGUUUCAGAAUUUCAACCCCGGACCAAGGCUCCCCCCUCAGUCCCCUGUCUUCGGCUCAUUGCCGCCCAUCAUGAGUCCUGCACCGCCGUCGUGGUCGUCGUACCAAGGUUUUCAGUCAGCGCCGCCGGUGGCUUACCACAACCAGGCGUUGCCACAGCUUCCGUUCACGGGGCCCCCUACCCCCUCCGUCAGUGCUCACAGAAGGGCCUCCUACGGUGACAACAACUCAGCUGGCUUCCCUUCUAUGGAUGCCAUGAAUAUGAUCUAUCCGGAGCCCAUGGAGAUGCCCGUCGGCGUGAACUAUUCAAACCAAGGCCAUGGAGACAAAGAGUUUGGUAUUGGGGAACCAUCCGGUUUCAUGGACGAGUACGUCACUGCCUACCCGGACCUGGAUAAUAUUUUUGAUUUUUCUAUUAAGAAUGAUGACGUGGAGAGAAUCACUAGUGGAUCUUCUAAGAAUAAGAGAAAGGCUACCACUAGUUCUGAUGUAUCACCUUCAAGAAGUGUGAGAAGGAAGAGUGUGGAUUGCAAUAAUCUCAACAAUGGGAGUUCCAGCAUCGGGAUUGGAAAUUGGAUGUUUACUGAAUCUCAAAUGGAUGAGAUUGCGCGCUGUGAUACACUCAAAAAACUGGUUUCUACCGAUCCUAAAAGUGUCAAAAGGUAA